AUGCCUAGAUUCGGUGUUGCGUUCAACAGGCGGAAGUCAACCGCAACCUCGGAGGAUUUCCAGAAUGGCUCAGUGACACCAGAGCCAUCAUCAUUCCGAGUUAUUGAACGAACCGACCCUGCGCUUGGCAAAUCAUUUGACGGGGGUGCCAGAUUGGCCAGGGCGUCCGGCGGCCACAUUCCUAAGCAUAGUCAUCUGGAACUCGACACUGAAGAUAACAUGUUCGCUGAUCUCAAGAGCGGCAACAGGGGAAGUGGGGCAUCUAAUACGACCAAAGCCACAUCAACUGAUACCUCAUCAAGGCACAGCAAUGCCUCGACUGCCCCUUCAUCUACGAAUCUCGAGGGACAGGAAGAACCAAAGCAUUCUUCAAAGAAAAACCUGCACGAUAUCGCUCCUCGAUCAGGAGUCAAGUCGAGCGGGUCCGGAUUUCUGAACAGAGCGGGUCGAACUUUUUCUUUCGGUGUCCAGAAAAAACACAGCGCUUCUUCUCCAAAGAUCGACAACAACGACAUCCCUCCCGUUCCAACUAUUCAACAGGAUGCUUAUGGUGGAAGAGCUAGAGGUCUGACCGAAUCCACAACUAGCACUGCUACACCGCCCAAGUUGGAGAUGGAAAACGGAAGCGAUAUGGAUAUGGGCGGAGAUUUCGGCUCCAUGUUCACGUCAUUCGACAAGAGGGCGAGUGUUGCUACCAUGAGACCCGAUGGAUCCAUCGCUCCUCGCUCUCUGACUAGCAACAGGCCUAUUCAGCCUCCUCCUUUGAGCAUCAACAAAUCCACAAAGGUCGAGCAAGGCCCCGAGUCAUGGCACAGCCGAAACGAGGACGAUAACCUACUUGGAUCCCAGCCCGGCUCACCUGAACUCGACGAUGUGCCACCGCCUGUUCCGCGACACCAAAGCUCCUUCAAGACCACUAGCCGGCCAUCCGACAUUAUUGAGGAUGAGGAUGCCAAGCUCCUGCAGGAUUCUAUCACAGUAGGACGCUUACUCUCCGAAUCUAGCUCCAACCCUCCUGCCGGCCGCUACCGACGAAACGAGGAUUCUUACUCUUCGUUCGAGAGAAAGCCUCUCAAUACGAGCUUCAACAGAGGAGACGAUAACCUGUUCGAAGGAACUACGGCGCAAUCCUCGCGUGUCAACAACCGCUAUAACUCGCGAGCUCCUAGCCCACAACGCAAUAACAAGGUCAUGACACCAGCUCAAUUUGAAAAGUACCGAAAAGACAAGGAGCGCCAUAGUUUGAGUGACGGAGUUCAGCAAUCGACCGCCAACGAUGACGACGACGAGAUCAAUUAUGAUGAUGAUGAGGACGAGAUUGAAAAGUCCAAGCAGCAAGCAAAGCAGCGAAGAAAGCAAGAGGCUCAUAUGGCGGUUUACCGACAGCAGAUGAUGAAGGUUACUGGUGAACAGCCUGAUAUGCAAUCGCACGAGCGCCCUGGCCUAGCUAGUUCGAUGAGCGCACCUCAGCUUCACCUCACAAAGACCCCAUCUCCGGGACUUCCUCCUGGUGGUUCUGAUGAGGAUGACGAUGAAGAGGUUCCUUUGGCUAUUCUCCAGGCUCACGGUUUCCCCAACAAAACCCGCCCACCAGCUAGACUGAGCACCAUGGGAUCCAACCCGAACCUGCGAGCAUCUACCCAGUUGGCACCGCCAAGGCCUGGCUCGGCUAUGGGCGAGAGCAGCCAAAACCAACGUCACUCGAUGCUCCCUGCCUUUGCUCGCGGCCUUCCUCAGGAUCCUUUCGUUGGUGCCAGUAUCUCGAAGCCGGCCAUGCGUGAAUCGUUGACUUUCAGCGGUGGCCUUCCUGCCUCGGAAUCCCAACAGUCUCUACCGCCUGGUGGCUUGGUUGGCGUGAUUGCUAACGAGGAGCGCUCGAGGGCUAUGCGACGAGGUGGCCCCAGUGCUAACGGCCAGAAGUUUAUUCCUGGCAUGAAUGCGCCGCAGGGUCCUCCCUUUGACAACACGCCUCAGGGAAUGAUGAACGCUAUGGCAGGCAUGUACAAUAUGCCAGGCAUGGGCAUGUCCCAACAACAGAUGGCUCCACCGCAGCUUACAGUGGGAGACCAGGCACAACUUCAAAUGACCCAGCAGAUGUCCCAGUUCAUGCAAAUGCAGAUGCAAUUUAUGCAGAUGAUGGCAUCCAACAACCAGCAGCAACCAGGAGGAAUGAUGCCACCGAUGGAAAUGCCUUACGGAGGCAUGUCCGCAACACAGUCUAUGAACGACCUCUCAGGACGGCACUCGAUGAUGCUGGAGCCGACUCUGGAGCCCCCUCAGCGUAUGGACGCCGGAAUGCGUACUAUGAGCAUGAUCCAGCCCCGGCCAGGCAGCUCGUUUCUGCCGCUACCCGGCGGUUAUGCUGGUUCAGUUCACGGCAUGCCCAUGGGCGGCUAUACCCCGUCGAUUGCGCCUUCUGAGCGAAGCAACAUUGGUCUACCCGGUCGAUACCGGCCAGUUUCACAGAUGCCUGGCCCCGCAGUUCCCGACCCUCAUCGACGAACCAACACCAUGUCUGGGGCGCUAGGUCGUUGGGAUGAGCCCAAAGGCAAGUCAACUAUCAAUGUGGUUAGUGCUUCUGGUGAUGGGUCAGAUGAAGACGAUGAGGAAGGGUGGGAGGCGAUGAAGGCGAAGCGUGAUAAGAAGCGCAGCAUGUGGAAGAGCAAGAAGGGAACGGGAAGUGAUUUCGGAACCAUGAUAUAA